GUUUAUCUGAUGUGUUGUGCUUGAUGUGUAAUCUCCCUCUGCGUGCCCCUCCACCAUGACAAAUCCAAGCACCCAGCACAAAACAGCUCCAGCAUUACGUAGGUGCGAAUACCUGAGCUGAUAGGGCAGAGCUUGCCUGCUGCUGGGUAUCUUCUGGUAAUGCGGAAUUCUCCGCGAUUCUCCAAGGCAAGUUCCUACAGGUAUGGAGGGGUAAAAAAAGGGCUGAAGGAGGGAAGCUGUCCCGCGUUAGUACUUAAUCGAUACAAGGCCUCGCUCCUCAUUGUUCUCCUCAAUGACGACGGCAAGACAGCUUCUCUCUCAUCUCUUCCUCUUCCUCUUCGCCUUUUGCUCCCUCUUCAGCCUCGCCUCGUCCUGCUUACGACAGCAACCGCAAGCUCUUCUAUUCGCUACAGCAUCGCAUCAGCAUCAAUCCGUUGCAAUGGCGCGUCCAACUGGCCUCAUUGCCACAAAGGGCAUCGAGCUCUUGACCUGGGGCACCCCCAACGGCCACAAGGCUAACAUCCUGCUGGAAGAGCUCAAGGAGGCAUACGGGCUCGAGUACACCUUCCAGGGCGUCAACAUCUCGCAAAACGUCCAAAAGGAACCAUGGUUCACGGCCAUCAACCCCAACGGCCGCAUCCCCGCCAUUGUGGACCAUGACAACAACGACCUGGCCGUGUUCGAGGGCAACGCCAUUCUCGGAUACUUGGCGCGUCGCUAUGAUACCAAGCACCUCUUCUCAUUCCCAGUCGAUUCGGACGACUACACACGUUCCGAAGCGUGGAUUGGCUGGCAGCACGGUGGUGUUGGUCCCAUGCAGGGCCAAGCCAACCACUUUGUGCGCUUCACCAAGGAGAAGAUUCCAUAUGCCAUGCAGCGCUACGUGGGAGAGACGGAGCGUCUCUAUGGUAUCCUCAACACCCGCCUGGCCGAUCGCGAUUACGUCGUUGGCCCUGGUCGCGGCAAGUACAGCAUCGCCGACAUUGCCUUGGUAGGCUGGGUCAACGGCCUGUCCUUUACCAGCACCUCGUACGACCAGUUCCCCAACGUCAAGGCGUGGCUGCUCCGGCUCUGGGACCGGCCUGCGGUGCAGAGGGGCUUCUCUCUCACUUCGGCUCCGUUUUAUGACCCGAGACAGGGCCUGAGCGAGGAGCAGGCUGCCAAGGUGGCCGAGGAUAAGAAGCUUGUCGAUGCCGCGAAGGAGCAAUACGGAUACAAGUACCAGUCUCCAUAGAUGAUUGAGAGCAGA